AUGAAAUUCAUUGAUGAAUUAGAUAUUGAAAGAAUCAAUCAAACAUUAAAUUUCGAGACAUCUGAUUGCAAAAUUAGUGGAGGAUGUGAUAUUUAUACUACAAAGCCUGUUGCAUCUGACAAAAAACUCUACAAAAGAAUUGAUCAUCAUUUGGAAAUGAUUUUACAAGAAAAUGAAAGUUAUAAUGCUGCUGUACAACAACAUAUCCUCAAUGAAGUCAAUGGAUAUUUAUCUUCACCUAUAUUAACUGGUAAGAACAACAACAGUAACAACAAUUAUGAUGAUAAUUCUACAGUAAUUGCUCAUUCUGAAGAGGCCGUCGAUUUUCAUAACAGUAGAAGAAGUAGUCUUUCCUUCUGGGAACAAAAGAGAAGGAUGUCAAUCACUGAACCAAUAAACAAUUCAACCAACAAUAGUGGGAGUGUUGUCAACAGUCCUUUAUUAUCCAAAAUAGAUAUAAAUGAUUCAAAUACUAAUCUUAUGCACAAUCACGUGACAAAAACAUCUAAGUUAAAUGAUCAAAAUUUGAAGGAAUUAGUUAUGAAUAAUUACCAGAAUCUAGUGAAUAAAGAUAAUGACUACCUAAGUUCCUCAUCAAUAAAUAAAAAUAUACAACCAAAGAAAAGACAAUCAUCUUCAAGUAGUCUUAUAAGAAGAAAUAGUAGUUCCAGUAGUUUAAAGAGCAAUUCUAACUCCAACUCUAACACCCCUGUAUUAAAGUCACCAAGAUUAAGAAGAUCUUCUCUAAAUGAUAUAAAUAACAGUUCAAUAAACAUCGGUCCGUUUGGUCCAAUUAACGAACCUUCAAGCAGGAGAACAUUUGCAUAUCUUAUUGCAAUUUUAAAUGCUUCUUACCCAGAUCAUGAUUUUUCAUCAUUAGAACCAACUGACUUCACAAAAAGUUCAUUAAAAUCAUUUAUUUCUAAAUUUGAAAAUUCUUUGUAUUCAAUGGGUAAGCAAUCAAAUGAACAAGAUUGGAUCUGGGAGAUAAUCAACGACCAUAUGACAUUGUCUGACUGCAUAGUAUACCAAUAUAGUCCCUCAAAAUCUUUCUUAGAGGAUGAACCAGGCUAUCUUUGGAAUCUAAUGGGAUUCCUUUUUAAUAGAAAGAGAAAAAGAGUGGCUUUUAUAUACUUGAUUGCAUCAAGAUUAAACAGUGAAACACCAAUUAAAACAAAUUAUGUAGAUGUUGAUACGGGGCAUGGAUUAACAAGUUCUAAUACUAAUACUAACAACGACAACGACUAUGAUAAUGAUGAAAGUGGUUCUUAUUUUACUUUUUCAACCAAAAAGUCAAAAAAAAAUAUAGAUAUUUUAAUUGAUGAUACCAUAGACCAAUAUGAGGGAGAAUAUGAUUUAAGAGAUGAUGAAAACGCUAUUCAAGAUGAUUCUGAGGAUGACUUUUGA